UAUUGUUUUACAAUUUCCUCCAAAAUUCCCUCUCUCUCUCACCAGUGAAGUAUGAUUGCGUAGUGCGGCCUUUCCCUUAACCCAAUCCCACGUUUAGCUGGACCGCCAUUCAUGAAAACUCACUCUCUUACUCCAAACCCCCUUCCCAUAUCUUUCCUGUGAAUCACCGCCUAAUUUUCCACCUAUCUUAUCCUUCUCUUUCACUAAAUUCUUCUCCAAUUUUCACCUCUCAAUUUUAAACUUUUCAACAAAAAAUAACAAUGUUAGAUCCAGCCAAUGAUCUGCUUCCGCCGCCUUCAUCUCCCACCAAUUCUUCAAUUUCUUCCUCCGAUCUCGAUACUGAGUCUACUGGUUCGUUUUUCCAUGAUCGGAGUAUUACCUUGGGGACGUUGAUGGGAGUCACAUUUCCCGCGCUGGCGUUCAGAGCUCCGUCGCAGUCUCAGCAACGGCAGGGCGCGGCGGAGGCCGCAGGAGGCGACAGCGGCGGCGCCAGGAGGAGGAGUAAGAGUGCGAAGAAGAAGAGUAGUAGAGUGGCGGCCGUCGCGGCUGCGGAGGAGGAGAUGCAUCGGCGCUGGCGGCGGCGGAGGUGGUGGAGGUUUUGCAGGGACGACGGCGACUCCAAGCCGGCCUCGCUGGGGGAGUUUCUCGAGGUGGAGCGGAGGUUCGGAGACGUGGCGUUUUACGGCGGCGGUGCCGCGGCGGCGGAGAUUGAGGGCGUCGCGAUGGAGGCGCAGCCGAGGAAUGGACGGGCGCUGUUCGCCGACGGGAGAGUGUUGCCUCCGCCGGAAGCGGAUGAGGAAUCGACGGCCGGUGAAGCAGGGAGCGGCGGCUUGUGCCGAUUCUCGGUGGUUUCGCUUUCGGGGAUUUGCACUGGUGGUGCGGGAUGCGUAGGAUAAUUAGCUUUUUGUUUUAAACACUUUUUUGCUUUAAUCUUUAAUGAUUCACCCCAUCUGCUACUUUGAUUUGAUAUGAACUGUGAUUAUGAUUAUGGCCAUUAAGUACCGUAUUUAUGGCCUUCUCAAAUCUGAAUGCCAUUAUGCCAAUACCCAAAUACAUUAUUAUCA